UGACUUUUUCGCCCGCGUGACCCGUCAGUGCUACGCCCAAUAAAGUUGGUGUUGAUUUGACGGCUGGAAGAGGAGCUGAUCAUCAUUCGAUGAAGGAAAAAUAGAAGUACUUUUGCUCUCUCCUCGUCGCGAUUACUCUGCGUAUUUUUUUCGUCGUGUCGUGUCGUGUUAUCGCGCGGGUGUGUAUCCCUUUUUUGAGAUUAUCCACUUACCUGUGGAAGUUGGGAAGGACGGUUCGACAGCCCGUUCCGGAUCGGCGUUAAUUUUGGCCUCGGAAGUGGUUUGUGCUUUUUUUUUUCCAAGUGAGAAUAAAAAGUCGAAAAAAGUGUACAUCUCACACCCCCGAUAAGAGACAACGGAAAGGGGAAGGAAGAAAAAGUUUAUCAUAUUUUCGAGUGAGUCAUUUGAUUCGGGUUUGUUUUGCUGAGAAAUCUCUCCGGUUGCAGAAAGAAAAACCGAUUUUGUAAUUGCGACGAGUGAAAAUGUUUUGGUGGUGGCCUGGAAGCAGAAGCAGCAAUUGAACACGGAGUGCAAAUCGUCGGGAGGAAAAAGAAGCCCAGUUGCACUUUUUUUUGCCACGGAACGACCGCACAAGAUCGAUCAGCAGUGUAAAGAAGAAGGUCAGCCACCACACAAACACGGGAGAAACUCCAAGAAGCGAUGAAAAAGUUCAUCUCCAAGUUCGAAACGAAGAAUGAGGCCACUCCGAGCAAGGAAACCAACAGCUUUGUCGGGAAAACGUUCAAGCUGAGUCGGGACAAUGUGGUCACGGUGGAGGAGGUAUUGGCCGAGGGUGGAUUUGCCGUGGUGUUCCUCGUCAAGGGAUCGAACGGGCAGCGAUUCGCGUUGAAGCGAUUGUACGUAAACAACGAACAUGACCUGGGGGUUUGCAACCGGGAGAUAAAGAUCGCCAGCAACCUCAGCGGCCACAAAAACAUCAUCGGAUACAUCGACCACAGUGUGAACCCCAAAGGGAAUGGAGUGCACGAGAUUCUUCUGCUGAUGCCGUACUGCAAGACGAAUCUUCUGACGCUGAUGAAUGCCCGGAUACCGAACGGAUUUAGCGAGCAGGACGUGCUGCAGAUCUUCUGUGACGUCGCGGAAGCCGUGGCCCGAUUGCACCAGUGUCAAACGCCAAUCAUCCAUCGGGACUUGAAGGUGGAAAACAUCCUCCAGAACGACAUCGGCAACUUUGUCCUGUGCGAUUUUGGUUCCGCAACGGCUCGUGUGCUCAAUCCUGUGACUCACGGCCGGACCGUGGUCGAGGAGGAAAUUCAAAAGUACACCACCCUCUCCUAUCGGGCCCCGGAAAUGAUUGACCUGUUCUCCGGCCAGGACAUUACGGUCAAAGCAGACAUCUGGGCGCUCGGUUGUCUCCUCUACAAGUUGUGCUUUUUUACGCUUCCGUUUGGCGAGAGUGCCCUGGCCAUCCAGAGUGGCCACUUUAGCAUCCCGGAUAAUUCCAAGUAUUCUCGCGAAAUGCAUCAGCUGAUCCGAUACAUGCUGGAACCGGACAUUGAGCGGCGGCCAAACAUUUACCAAGUGUGCGAGGUUGCAUUUAAAAUCGCCGGCAAAACCAAUCCGGUUCGCAACUUGACCAAAUCGACCGUCCCAGCGCUGGAAACACUUCCGGUUCCGCCGCUCGAGAGUGAAACCAAACGCGUUCCAUCUUCAUCCGUCGGCGGAGGCGCCAAAACUCCAGCUAAAACGGUCACCCCGAUCAUCGAGGGCACAUCCGUGGCUCCACGCCAGCGUCCCAAAGCCUCUCAAGCGAACGUAAACAACAGCUUCACGCUGGGACUUCCGCCCAAUCCGUCACCGAAGAACAUCCUUUCGUCGCCGACUCCGGGUGCUACACCGACAACGAUUCUCCAAGAACAGCAACCGCAACCGGCACCAGCGGCGGCGCCCGCACAAGUGGAACCAUUCGUGGCCAAGUUCACCGCCAACUUUCCACCACUCUCCGGACAGGAAGCCCAAUCUGGCAACCUGUUCCAAACCACCUACCCGGAUCCGUUCCGGGAAGUUGAAGUCGCCACGGAAGUCGUCGGAGACACCGCCGCAACGCGCGAAUCGUCAACGUCGUCGAUUCUGCAGUCCCCUAGUCACGGUAGCGGUAGUGGAACACCGCACGGGAGUGGUUCCAGCAUGGCCGGUUCGUUGUUACCACCACCGAAACAACCGAGCGUCGCCGCAGCCGUCGUUGGCCACCGGCGCAACAUGAGUGACACUUCGGCGUUCAAUAAAGCGUACACCACGGAAACGUCCCAAUUCCUAGCGCCAUACGAUGUCUCGUCCAACAACUACCAACCGGCAAUAUCCGGUUCCGGAAAUGGCUCCGAACAAAAUCUGCACUCGAUUCCGGCUUCGUUUGAAUCGCGCUCUUCAAAUCCUCAGCUGAACCCACCUGUGUCGGCCCAACAGCAACCGUGGAACCCGUUCGGAGAUCCGACCCCGUUCAGUCAAAUGACCGAAGAUCACAUCUUCGGCGAAGAGUUUGACAAAAUCCGAAAGCAAGGUUCUCAGGGCAGCCUUAAAACACCUCCUGAAUCGACCUCUCGUCAUCCUUCGCUUCCGCUGGUUCAGCCGAUCGUUCAACUCCAAUCCGUUGCCCCUCCUCUACCUUUGCAGACCCAGUUUUCCCCGGAGAACAUCCCGGACACACUCGAGGACGACCCGUUCAGUUCGGCACCGUUUUCGCUCCCGGUCAAGUCACGCUCGCUGAAGAUGACCUCGAAGCGCAUAAUCGUCAUCGACGGUGGUUUCUCCACCCAGCUGGCAACGCACGUUGGCCAAGCCACACUGGACAAGGAUCCGCUGUGGAGUAGCCGUUACAACGCGACCAACCCGAACGCCGUCAUCGAAACCCAUCUGGACUUUCUCAAAGCCGGUGCCGAUUGCAUCCUGACAAACACCUACCAAGCCUCCAUCGAGGGUUACAUGGACUUCCUCAACCUGAGUGAAGAGGACAGCAUCAAGCUGAUCAAGACGGCCGUCGAGUUGGCCAAACUGGCACGCACCCGUUACCUCGCGGAAAAGAUCGAAAACAAAACCCACAAAAUUCCGUGGGUCGUCGGAUCGAUUGGACCGUACGGUGCGCACCUGCACGACGGUUCCGAGUACACGGGUGCCUACGCGGACACGGUUCCGUACGCGCGCAUCCAAAAGUGGCACCGUCAACGAAUCAACGCCGUCCUGGAGGCUGGCGUCGACGCGCUCGCCAUCGAAACCAUCCCGUGUCGAAAGGAAGCCGAAGCCCUGCUGGAACUGCUCACGACGGAACAUCCGACGGUUCGGUUCUGGGUUUCGUUCCAGUGCAAAGACGGCGUCAACACUGCCCGCGGGGAAAAUUUCGCCGAAACGGCCGCGGCCAUCUGGAGCCAGGCACGUGCCCUCAAGAACCCGAACCUGCUGGCCAUCGGCGUCAACUGUUUGCACCCGGUGCAUGCCGUCCAGCUGCUUAAGACGGUCAACGAGCGGCGACCCGACGACGACAAGAUCCCACUCAUCGUGUACCCUAACUCGGGCGAAAUCUGGGACAACGGCGUCUGGAAGGGCGAAGAGGACUGCGUGCCGCUGGAAACGUACGUGCCGCAGUUUGUCGAGUACGGGGUCAAGUUUGUCGGCGGGUGUUGCCGAACUACGGCGCAAGACAUCAAGCGGAUCAAGAAGACGGUGAUCAACCUGUGCGGCGGACGGAGCACAUAGGACGAGGAGAACGAGGGCGACGAAAGCGAAGCCGCCGCCGCCGAGUCGCCCGAAGCUGCUGGAAAGCUGUGAUGAAUUGUUAUUAUUUGAUAGACAGACAACAUAACUAACACAACAUUUAGGACGAUAAAGCAACCUAAAGUCAGCAAACUACCGAAGCUAUGCGCACGAAUUGGUAAAGUAUUGCAUCGAGAUAGUAUCCGCAAAGUAUCACAAUUAUUAGAUGUUGCUCUGCAAAACGGAACUUAGUUAGAGACGCUUCUAGGUUCUUUUUUUUCCUUGUUCGUUUACCAACUGAAGCCUAAUGAACAAUAGUGCCGGUUGUUAGUUGUGCAGCAUUUUUUUCACGUGAGUUUAGUGACACAUGUCUAGUAGAAAUGAUGAAGAAUAUUAUUUUUGUGAAAUGAAACAGAUGAAAGGGUAAAAGGACAAACAAUAUUUGUAUAUAAGUGAAUGAGCAUAUAUUACCAAUUAAACCAAGAAGUGAAUAUUAAUGCAUAUUUACACACAAACACAAUUCUAGCAUUUGUUGUUCCUGUUUUGUCCUCUCUCCGAAUUAUCAAAACUGUUAGUAGUGGAGUAAACACAUUUGCCCAAUAUUUCAUAUCAUAUUAGGUGCAACAAACUCAUCACGAAUACUAGGUACACGCUACUAUAAUGUUUACAAUGGAUUUCAUCGCGUCUUUCUUGAAUGUUUUAGAUAAGUCGGCAAACGAAAAUCGUCCAUCAAAUUAGCUAUUUUCAAACCAAAUUUAAACAAUAUCAUAUUUUCCACCCUGCCCCACGCUUAUCUUCUUCCAGUAGUCAGUCAGUCAGUCACACAAAAGAGAAGAGCAGAUAGCUGAAAUCAAUCGAGGAAUUGUGCAAUGUUUUCGUAAUCCACCUGUUCUGUCCCGCCACAACUCUUUUUAUCUUAUCUUCCAACUACUUCUUAUCUAGUCUGCGUUAGAAAAAGAAACAUGUGUGUUUGCCUUCAAUAUAUGUUCACUUCAGGAAUAUAUUCCGUUGCCAAACCCGGUUAUCGGUUGAUUGAAUUAGUAUUCCAAACGAAACAUUAACUUACUUCAAACUCCUCCUUAUCACACACACAAGCCAGAGAGUGAUCUACACGUUAGAUAUAUAUUUAUAAACAUGCAAACGCUGUUUGGGAAUUCAAUUUAAAUUAUUGCAAACACAAAAAAAAAAUAAUAAAUAAAUUUAGAAACCAAAAAAAUGAGCGUUCAAUCAUUUUCGACAUAAGCUUAAAACGAUAUCUUAAAAUGAAACUUAAAAUUAUGCGUUCACAUUUAUUGCAAAAAGAAAAAAAAGCUGCAUUAAAAGAAUAACACAUUGAAAAGUGUGCUCCAUAAGGGUUUUUGAGAAUGCAUUUUAAACCUGAAGUGAGAUUCAACUGUUCUAUUAUUACCGAUCUACAUAAUUGGCUAAUCCACCCUAUUUAAAUUGAUAAACCGACAAAAUAAAAUCAAGCAAAUAUGUCGAGUAUCCAAAACAUUAAAAGAAUACCAAACAAAAAAUCCUUAAACAAGUUACAGCAAACAGUUUUAAGCUCUAGUCUCGGCCAUUAUGAGACGCAUAUGAUUCCCAUAUUACAGUUGCAUGAGACCUAACAAAAAUAAAAAGGCUAAACAUAAUUGUAAAAGUGCAUGUGAACACGACGCAACUGAGAAAGGCUCCCAUGAUUCCGGAAAAUAAAGACCGAGAAAACAAAGAGAAUGCUAAGAAGGAAACCCAAUGAACCAAAUAAAAGUGCAUGGAUAAUACACACAAGACACACAUUACACAGAGAAGCAAAAGGUAGUGAACAAAAUCGUACAUAAACACACAUUCACGAACCACAGAGACAGCAAUUAUGAAGCAACAAAUGAUAUAUAUAUAUAUAUGAGGUAAUAAAUUAUUUCAGCAAAUUAAAAG